AUGGCGGCUCCAUCGCAGGUCGACAUGACCGACAACCCAAUGCUGUUCCUAAGGCAGGCCAUCGAGGCGCGCAUGAAAGCGGCCAUCAGCGACCCAUGCUAUGUCUUGCCACAAGACGAGGAGAUCCGCCUGCGCCCAAAGGAAGGCAGCAUGCCUACCUCGGCCACCAAGUGCAUGGGCAUAACUGAGCUCUUCGAGAAGGUUGUGUGCGAGCUGGAGCCAAUCGAGGUGACGAAGCUGAACGCGGUCUGCAAGUUCUUCCUCGAGAAGUUGAGGAGCAGCUAUCCUGUACAGAAGAUGCUUCUCGGCCAUGGUAUCAGUGGGACAGAAACAUCGUGGUUGGUCGACACUGAGAACGAGACCAUUGCAAGCGACAUUCCUGGCCGAUCCUACAACUUCGAGGUCAAGCCAUGCCGCUUCAACAAGCUCGUACUGAGACACUCGGCACCUGGGGACACGGGCGUCGAUCCGAACACUCUCAACGACUUUCUGCUCACCUCGCUCUCCUCGCCCGGACACGAGAUGCUUGGAGAUAUCGAUCGUGCUAUGCGCAUGAACACGAUGUUGCCCGGCAGCUUCGGAUCAGACUAUGGCAUCGGGGUGCUCAUCUGGAAGCCGCAGUGCCUACCAACCAGUAUUCACCCAAACCAUGCCAUCCGCGGGGCCUACACCACCGACCCUCCGACUCGUGAAGUUUAUCUGAAGAGCACGCAGUCUUACCACGGAUGCUUGGAGAACGAUGGCUAUCACUUGGGCCGCGUACUUCUCGUUCAAGAUGACGAAUACUUCAGCCGCGAUCAGAGGCAGCCAUGCUGUUACAACCCCGACACUUGGCUCGUUCGCAAGCAAUGGGGAGGUGGGUUCCUCGUUGUAGGCGACCUGAUUCAGGGUUUCAAUAACCACAUCUCGGGGUACGGACGUGAGUGGACAGGAGCAAUUGGCUAUCUUUUGCAAGUGGUGGCCAAAGGAGUCGUCUUCCCGACCGAGGACCAGUUCGAGUUGAUGGAGAAGGCGCCGGAUGGUGUGCUGGACUGUUCUGUAUAUGGGUUGUUUUGA